CCGAGCACCGCACCGCUGCCUUCACCCGCCCGCUUGGCGCGCACGCCGCCGCUCCCCCUCUCCGUUUCCUCCACCGGCCGGGGAAGCCCAAGCCCCACCCCGCACCCGCGCGAUGCGGAGGGCGGAGCCGGGGCCUUGAAAUAGAGGCGGGCGCGAACCGUAGGGAGAGCCGCGCUGCUCCCGUGCUUUCAGCUGUCUGGAGAGGCGUAUCUGUGGGAGAUCUUCGUGGAGAAGGAGGGUUUUCUGUGUGGUCUUGGACUCUUCCUGCCAACUUGAUGUAUCAAGUUUAAACCUUUUGAAGAGGCUUCUUUAAGGACAAGGACUUCUGAUCUGAAGCAGACUGACGAGCUGUUCUAUCUCUGAAUCUGUCAUGGAACAGGAUAUCUAUAGUGAUGGAUCUGACCAUAUGGAACGCAUGCUGCUCUUUGCUUUCCUGGCGGAGUCCUCUGGCUGUGAGUUCAGAGAGCAGCUGCCAUUCCUACAAAGCCAGGGCAUGUUGUGUUCCACUAAAGGUGUUCAAUCUUAUGAUAGUGAUGGGGAACUUCAGACCGAUGGGAAUCGAAGUGGCCACUUGCAGAAUGGUGAGCUAGUGCUUGACCCUGAGGUAAAUGAAGAAAUCGUCCGGACCAUUGCUGCUCAGCUUGCUGAGAUCGGAGACCAGCUGGAUAAACAAAUCAAAGCAAAAGUAGUAAAUGAUCUUGUGCAACAUUUUCUGAAUGAGAAUCUGCCUAGAGAGGAGAUAACACGGUACCUGUCACAGGCAGUAGAAGGGCUUGCCAGAGCCAUCCCAUCAGAUCUGGAGCAAGAGAAGGCCAUGUUGGUGCUAGCAAUGCUCUUAACUAAGAAAGUGGCAAACCGGGUGCCUUCCCUUCUACAGCGUGUCUUCAGCACCACUGUGAACUACAUCAGCCAACACCUCCACAACUACGUUGUCAGAAUGCUGCGUGAGUGAGAGAUCUGCAGCCACUGGCUUCCUGAAGACUUUUUAACUUCUUGAUCUGCUCAGAUACUUCUUCUGCUCAUAACUUUUGAGACACAGCUGCGAAAGGGAAGGCAGAGCUUGUAGAUGGGCUUUUGUAGAGUAGCACAGUAGCGAUGGUAGUGAGAGCUGCAUGACUGGUCUGCCAGCACCUGUAAGAUAUAGUGCUUACUCUUCUCCAUUUUACAAAAUAGGUGUUUUUUCUUUUUUUUUUUCUUUUUCUUCCCUCUCCUUAUCAGUAGCAGAUGUAAUGCAGGUACAGCCCCUGGCUCAUGCCUCUAGGGGAAGUGCACUGGGUGCUAAGCCCACCUUGUCAGUAUUUCUAAUCAACUGCUGCAUCCUGCAGGUUUCUCUGCUGCAGCUGGGCAAGGUACAGGGGUGGAUUCUAGGGGGGAAUAGUAUCCGGAUAUGCUUGAGAAAAGGUGGUCAUUGGCUUCAGAGCAGCUUGCUGGAGAGAAAAAAAGAUACCAGCCUAGAAUGAGGAGGAGUACCUGGUGUCUCUCUGGGCAGUAGCACAUUAUAUUCACAUCUCAGGUUCAAUGAACAGACUUGGACUCAGGUUGUUUGAUGUAUGUGUCAUCACGUACGUGGUGGCUGAGGCUCUACUUGUGAUCCAGCUGCCUCUGAAGAAAUCAUGUAAAUAAUGUCCUUUUAUUGGUGGUGUUUUCUGUUGUUUGUUUUUUUUUAAAUAAAAAUGGACAUGACAUGUGCA